GCCGAUGGCCGGAACAAACUGUCAUCGAGUGAAGCGAAGUGACAUGACGUGGUCGGCGUCUAAGAACCGAAAACUCGAAAAGCGGUGUUUUUAUCGGCUUUAAUUUAUUUACGUACAAAUUGCACCAAUUCAUUAAAGCAAAAUGGCUGUUAACAGCGCGACGUCUUUCGUGAUAUCAUCGAUAUUGACCCUCCUGAUAUUUUCGGGAAUGCAAAUGUACAAACCAUGGCUGGUUAGGUCACCCAUGACCAUUAUAUUCGGCGGAUACCUUGGGUCUCUCAUGUUUAUGUUCUUCGUUACCGCCAUAGGUAAUCUAGAGGCAACUCUGUUUGGGAAGAACUUCCAGUUGAAGCUGCCGGAGAUUGUGCUGUCCAUGGCAGUGUCACUAAUUGCUGCAGGAAUGGUGCACAGGAUUUGCUUCACAACAUGUUUAAUAUUUUCUAUAAUCGUCAUUUACUACAUGAACAAGUUGUCACAAAAGACUUAUGUGAUUGGUGCACCAGUUGCAGCACCAGCCAAGGCUCGUCGCCAUAAGUGAUUAUCUCAAUAAGUCAAUUUUAUAUUAUUUUAUAAUAAAGUAAUUCUCUCA